AUGGCUGACCAAGCUGUCGCCCGUCUCGCCGGCAUCAAUGUCGGCGCUCCGGCGCGUCCUUUGCCUAGUGCUGAUUUCGGUCUUAUCGGUCUGGCCGUUAUGGGUCAGAACCUGAUCCUUAACGCUGCUGACCACGGCUUCACUGUUUGCGCUUACAACCGCACAACCUCCAAGGUUGACCGCUUCCUUGAGAAUGAGGCCAAGGGCAAGCCCAUCGUCGGUGCCCACUCCGUUGAGGAGUUCUGCGCCAAGCUGAAGCGCCCCCGUCGUAUCAUGCUCCUGGUCAUGGCUGGAAAGCCCGUUGACCAGUUCAUCGAGUCUCUCCUGCCCCACCUUGAGAAGGGUGAUAUCAUCAUUGACGGUGGUAACUCCCACUUCCCCGACAGCAACCGCCGCACCAAGUACCUCGCCGAGAAGGGCAUCCGCUUCGUCGGCAGCGGUGUCUCCGGUGGUGAGGAGGGUGCCCGUUACGGCCCCUCUCUCAUGCCCGGUGGUAACGAGGAGGCCUGGCCCUACAUCAAGGACGUCUUCCAGAGCAUCUCCGCCAAGAGCGACGGCGAGGCCUGCUGCGACUGGGUUGGUGACGAGGGCGCUGGUCACUUCGUCAAGAUGGUCCACAACGGUAUUGAGUACGGUGACAUGCAGCUGAUCUGCGAGGCCUACGACAUCCUCAAGCGUGGUCUGGGUCUCCCCGCCAAGGAGAUUGCCGAUGUGUUCGCCAAGUGGAACAAGGGUGUUUUGGACUCUUUCCUGAUUGAGAUCACCCGUGACGUCCUUUACUUCAACGACAACGACGGCACUCCCCUCGUCGAGAAGAUCCUCGACAAGGCUGGUCAGAAGGGUACCGGCAAGUGGACUGCCAUCAACGCCCUUGACCUUGGCAUGCCCGUCACUCUGAUCGGCGAGGCUGUCUUCUCUCGCUGCCUGUCUGCCCUCAAGGACGAGCGUAUCCGUGCCAGCAGCCUUCUCGACGGCCCUACCCCCGAGUUCACCGGUGACAAGCAGGCUUUCAUCGAUGACCUCGAGCAGGCCCUGUACGCCUCCAAGAUCAUCUCCUACGCCCAGGGCUUCAUGCUCAUCCAGGAGGCUGCUCGUGAGUACGGCUGGAAGCUGAACAAGCCCUCCAUUGCCCUCAUGUGGCGUGGUGGUUGCAUCAUCCGCUCCGUCUUCCUCAAGGACAUCACCAACGCUUACCGCAAGAACCCCGACCUCGAGAACCUCCUGUUCGACGAGUUCUUCAACACCGCCAUCAAGAAGGCCCAGAGCGGCUGGAGAAACGUCGUCAGCAAGGGCGCUCUCUGGGGUAUCCCCACCCCCGCUUUCAGCACUGCCCUCAGCUUCUACGACGGCUACCGCACCCGCGACCUCCCCGCCAACCUGCUGCAGGCCCAGCGUGACUACUUCGGUGCCCACACCUUCCGCAUCAAGCCUGAGCACGCCAACGAGACCUACCCUGAGGGCAAGGACAUCCACGUCAACUGGACUGGACGCGGUGGUAACGUGUCUGCGUCCACCUACAUUGCCUAA